GGGGCAGCGACAGUGUUUGCACACACUGAGCUCAGCUGAAAGAUGAAGCAACCAGCAGGAAGGAGUGAUGCUGCUCAAUAUAACCCAGAAAGAAAGAUAUCCGGGUAAGAGUUGCUUUCUUUGGCAUUUCCAUUUGGGGUUACAGAAGUGAGCUCCUACCUGAGCUUUCAUGAUGGAUCUGUACAGGAGUCGCUGAACCACUGAACCACAAGAUGAGGCUCCACUAAUGGAAACUUUGGCCUCUAAGGACACUUGGUUCGGCAAAGCAAAAAAAGGACCUGGCUUCUCCUUGGACCAAUGUUAUUGAAGUAGCAGCCUCAAAUGGAUGCGACGUUAAGUUAUUUGGAGAAGGACAGUUUGGAGGCAAAUCCUAUAAACAUGAACAAGGUUUUUGAAUUCGCAUUCAAGAGGAGCUAUACAGAUACCUUGCCUUUGAAAUAAUUUGGGGCAAUACCUGCACACGGACUCCUGCCAGUUUGUACAACUACCCAAAGCGACAUGUUUAGUAGAAGCUGCAUGCUGGCAUUUGACUGCAGUGUAUCACUUAGACGUCUGUUUAUUCUAAGUGAAGCAAAACAAUCUUUGCAGGAGCAAAAUUUUAACUCUCUGAAGGCACCAUCUGAUUUUACUGAUUCAUUCUACUGUUGCCCAUUGUGUCCUGCGAUAAGAUUAUACUCAAUGUGAAUUUUACUUGAACAGCUUAGUUCCAUGCUAGUGGCAACACAGGGUAAACUCCACUGUGACAUGAUGAAUGUACUGACAUUGGCUAUAUGUAUUUGGAAAUUCCUUGGAAAGCUGUUAGUUUUCUUUCAACUAUGUGUUCAAGGCAGCACCUUAACCAAUUUUUCCACUCUUACAAGAUGUCCUGAUGUUUGCAUUUGUACUGCUGAUCUCUUGAGUUGUGCCAAGAAGGAUCUUAAGCACGUCCCUGACACGUUGCUUCCCACAGCCACCACCUUGGACCUCAGUUACAAUGCUAUUACUCAGCUUAAUAAUAAUUGGCUGACUGCCUUACCACGCCUCCAAACCCUUAGGAUCAGCCACAAUAAGAUCCACAAUAUCACCCGACAAGUGUUCCAUGAUGCCAUUUACCUUGUAUACCUGGAUAUGUCCUCCAACCUCUUGAACACAGUGGAGAAGUACUACUUUGAAGGCCUUGUGAAGUUGGAAGAGCUCUUGCUAUAUAAUAACAAGAUUGUACAAGUAGAUGGAAAUGCUUUUGUCAAGCUAAUCAGACUGCAAAAAGUCUAUUUAAGUUGGAACAGGCUAACUAAAUUUCCAUUUGAGUCGAUUCAAAGACUGGAACAUCCUUACCUGAGGACCCUUGAUCUUUCUGGCAACAACCUAAGCAGCAUUCCUGUUCAAUUAAUAGCAAGCUUGCCUGGGUACAUAAAAAAUGGUUUAUAUCUUCACAACAAUCCUGUGAUAUGUGACUGCCCUCUCCAUCAGAUGCUCCAGGAAUGGAAGCACCAUGGUUUCAGUUCUGCACAGGAUUUCAUAGAGGAACACACUUGCAAAGUCUAUCCCAAUAUGCCACUCUUCUCAGUCAACACUUUCAAGUACAACAAGUAUUUUAAAGAUUGCUCCUGGAACCAAUAUGACAUUCCAGACAUUAUCUGCAAAGUGGGAGACUCCUUGGUAAUAGACUGCAACACCAGCCUCCAUGAUGACAAUACCACAAACUACAGAUGGAUCUCCCCCCGUCAUGAAUUAUUCAUGUACCCUGAGCACAGUGAUCAGACACAUCAACCUUUCAAAAAUGGAAGCCUGAAGAUCACAAAUGGCAACCUCUCACAUUCUGGUGUUUAUGUGUGCAUAGCAAUUAGUAUGCUCCAAAAGAUCAACAAGACGCAUGAAGUCAAUGUAACAUUCCAUUACCCCAAAUUGGCAGAGUCUUUUAAUACUGGCCUUACAACCCUCUUAGGAUGUGUUGUAAGCCUGGUACUUGUCCUCAUUUACUUGUAUCUCACACCAUGUUGCUGCUCCAAGUGCUGCAAGAAGCCUGUAAGCCCUCCUCAAGACUGCAGCGCCCAAUCGUCCAUCCUCAGUACUACACCUCCAGCAACAGAUGGGCCAAAUCGCAAGAUCAGUACGAACAAGCAUGUUGUUUUCUUAGAGCCCAUCAAGGAGACUCAGAAUGGCAAGGUCAAGCUAGAUGUCAGUGAGGACUUUCCUGACACUAAAAGUCCCAAACUCUUGCACCUCAAGCUGGACAAUGAAUCCAUCAGUUCAGUCUUUUCAGACCCCCUAAUCAUGUCUUAUGGGGCACGAGAGCGGUCACCAGCAGAUGGGUAGCAAGCAAUCCCAAGGAAGGAUGCAGCCAGUGGAGGGGGCUGAACCAAUAUCCAUCAUGGGAGGGAGAGAAAAGACAGCAUGUAUUUACAAGGCAUCUCCUCAUUAAAACAUACAGAGAAAUUUUCUUUACCUCCAUUGGACGGAAAAUUAUGGUUUAUUCUUACUUCCCAUCAUGUCCCCUAGAAGGAAGAGUGAGGUUUUCUCUUCUAGGAAUUCUCGUUUGACUGUCCCAGAAUCCACUUAUUAUGCACAAGAGAAGCAACAAACUUUUAUCGAAGAACUGAAUGCUCUUUACAUAUCCCAGAUGACUGCACCUGCUCGGUAGUAGAGACAGUACAUUGUAGCAGAGAGUACCGUCUCACUUUAGAAAACUGCUGUGGAAUAUAAGAUUGUGUUAUGGCUUUGACCUUCAGAGAAUACAACAUUUGCUAUAUAACAAGCCUAUGUUUUUUUCCUGGAGAAGAGUGCCUUUCAGAUGAACAAGAGACCCUUUCUCACUUUUUAACUAGCCAGCCAUAGCUCCCAAUACUUACUUGGAAAACAAGUUCCUGACAGGGCUGUGGAGUCAGUACGCCAAACCUUCGACUCCGACUCCUCUAUUUUUCUACUGUCCGACUCCACCCAAAAUUGCUUCCAACUCCACAGCCCUGGAAAGGGCUGUAAAUGUCUUUUUAAAUUGGAAGCUCUCAUAGGAGCAUUUUUAUCACUGCCUGAAUACGCGCUGAUCUUGGCAUCACAGCAUUUGUCUUCAUCUGGGUCCUGUGUCAUACACUGACACACAAAAUGUUUUCCAUCUUGAGUUAUGGUGAGUUGCUCAACUACAGCUGACUUCAUGGGAAGCUUCUUUGACAUUCUGAAUUUAUAUUUUAAAAAAUUUGUCAAUCAAAAUUUAUUUUGAAGCCAGAGUCGGUACAUUUCUACCGACUCCGAUUCCACCCAAAAUUGCUUCCGACUCCGACUCCCCAACUCCGACUCCACAGUCCUGGUUCCUGAGCCCACUUUUUCCAACUUACUUCUGGGCUUCUUGGAACAAGUCACAGCAUGGUUAAAAACUGAAGUAAUGCUCCCUUUAGGGAGGCCACAAGCUCUUCUCCAGAUGACCACCUCACCCUUUUGGACAUGUGCGGUCAGCCACGUAAGUGUCAGAAACUAUAAGAGUUGAUCUUUUGCUUGAACCAGCUUAGCAAAACUGCUUGGUUUCACUAGGCACACCGGCUGCACCUUAAAAGUUCCAUAUUCUGGGCUUUGCUUUUAAUGAACAUUUUUCCCCAGGUUGAGUUCUUCACAUCUAUGAUAAAAUUCUACUAGCUUGGGAAUUUGGUGCUUUUAGAUCACUGUGACAGCAAACAAAAAUCCAUGCCAGAAAAUUAUCCUUGAGUUAGAUUUGGGAAGGGCAAAUUAUUUCUCUUGCUGUCAUCGCAAUAGAGUGGGAUUUGGGCAUUCAAACAAGAUGAUGGGCAUUCAAACUGGGUUAAAAAGGAUGCUGUUCUAGAUACAGUGCUGAUGUUGUUUUGGUUUGUUUUUUAAAUGUUAUUAAUCUAUGGCUAGCCCAUUUAGUUAGCUGGAUUAGAUAGACAUAAGCACUGCCCUUUGUUUGUGUACCUUUUAAAAAUAUAACUUAACACAGCCAUUCAAAGUUAGAAUUUCCUUGUCAUUCCUCCCCCCCAAAACAGCUGUAAAUAAUAAAAUUCAGGAAUGUAUUAGAUUAUUCAUGCACUUAGCAUAAUAACAAUGAGCCAACUAUGCUCUGCUAGUGCUUACUGUGUAACAGAAGUCUUAAAUGAACAAUCUCCCUGGCUUUUUUUUCCUUGAGAAGGUCAGAUUUGCUUGGGAGAACCAAGCAGCUAGUAGCUAUUUUGGUAGUACGCCAAUCCAUGUAACGAUAAUUGUAAUC